AUGUCGUACAUUGGUGAACCUCCUCAGAUAUUUCCAGUCAGUCCUCCCACAUGUGCUACGUUAACAGUGGCCGAUACCGCUCAAGAACAUUCCGACUUUAUUCCCGUUGAAGGAAGUCUCACCUUCAAGCCGGGAGUUGAUGAGCAAGAAAUAGAAAUAGCCAUUGUCGAUAAUGAUAUUUACGAAGAAGACGAGCAGUUUAUGGUCCGCCUAUCACAGGUCCGUGCUCAUUCGCCGUCACAGUUCACGCCGAUUCCCGUACGCCUUGGAGCUGCUUCUACGGCCACGGUGCUCAUCGUCGACGACGAUCAUGCCGGAGCGUUCGGAUUUGCCUCCGAAAAGUUCAAAGUGGUCGAAAGUGCUGGAGUGUUCGUCGCUGAGAUAAUUCGAACCCGUGGAGCUCGUGGAGAAGUGUCGAUUCCCUACAAAACAGUUGACGGACAGGCAAAAGCUGGCGCUGAUUAUGAGCACCAGGAAGGUGUCAUCCGCUUUGACGACGAGCAGGUCAAAGCCGAGAUUCGUAUACCAAUAGUUAACGACGAUGAGUAUGAGAAAAGCGAAGAAUUCUUCAUCGAAUUAGGCGAACCAAUUUGGCAUCGAGAAGUCACUGAUGGGGAUGAAGGAAUCGAAGGUCGACCAGUGUUGUCACUGAGCCGCUGUAAGGUGGUGAUCACUGAAGACAAAGAGUUCAAGAAUUUUGUCGACCGAAUGCUCACCAACGCCAACACGUCCAUUAUGGUCGGCACAAGCAGUUGGAAACAACAAUUCAACGAAGCCAUCACUAUCGAAGAA